CUCAAUAUUUCCUCUAGCGCAUUCGUCGUGUCCGACAAAAUUCUUUCAAUAUCUAGAUACAACGUCUCAAUAUAGCAAUAUUAAUACGUAUGUUAUUUAUAAAGAAAAACUAUUAAAAAGAAUCCUUCGAGAAAAAUGUUGAAAACGAUCGGGCUCAUUGUUUUGAGCGCGUUUUUCGUUUUUACAAUUGCGGAUGAUUCGACAUCGGAAAAUCCAAUAGUAGAAGCACCCAUUGGAAAGAUUCGUGGAUCGAUCUUAACUUCGAGAUUGGGUAGAAAAAUCUAUUCGUUUCGAAGUGUGAGGUAUGCCGAACCUCCAGUCGGUCAACAAAGAUUUCAGGUUGCUAUACCAGCAAAAGAUUGGAAUGAAAUCUACGAUGGUACUGAAGAAGGACCUGCAUGUAGUACCAUAACCGAGACAUCUAUAUCCGAGGAUUGUUUACGUUUGAAUGUCUACACAACUAAAUUACCAUCGAAAAAUACAAAAGAUGGAAAUUUCAAAGGACGUCCAGUUCUGGUCUUCUUCCAUCCUGGUGGCUUCUACCUCUUUUCUGGUCAAUAUCGAUUUUUUGGUCCUGAAUAUAUCAUGGAUAAGGACAUCGUCCUAGUGACAUUGAACUAUCGGCUUGGAACUUUAGGUUUUAUAAGUACAGGAGAUUCGCUUGCACCAGGAAAUUUGGGCUUGAAGGAUCAAGUCGUAGCCCUUCGUUGGAUUCAGAGAAAUAUUGCAGCAUUCGGAGGAGACCCCAACUCGGUUACUAUUGGUGGUUACAGUGUCGGAAGCAUAGCUGUGUUAUUACAUAUGUUAUCACCAAUGUCAAAGGGUCUCUUCCACAGAGGAAUUGCAAUGAGUGGUUCUCCUAUAGCAUUAGAACCACUACCGACAGAACAGAAACACAUAGCCAAGAAACAGGCAGAAUUAUUAGGUUGUCCAACAGACACAACAGGAUCCAUGUUGAUCUGUUUAAAAUCUAAACCAAUCGAACGAUUUACUGAAACUAUGCCGCAACUUUUCGAAUGGUAUUGGAAUCCGAUGACAGUAUGGUCAGUGGUCGUAGAGCCAGAUAUACAGGGUGUUGAAAGAUUUUUAACUGCUCAACCUAUCGAUUUGAUCAGAGAAGGCAAAAUUCACGAAGUCCCUCUCAUUAUUGGUACUACCAAAGACGAAUUUGGUGGAUUGGUUACCGCUAUCGAAAGAUUAGUAAAAGCAGGAAAUACUUCGAUAUUGGAUGAUCUAAAUGCAAGGUGGGAUACUUAUGCGCCUAUCAGUUUUAUGUACGAAAGAGAUACACCUCGUUCGAAACAUAUCAGUCAAGAAUUACGACAAUUCUAUUUCGGAAAUAAACCGAUCAGUCGAGAAUCAUAUGAUGGAAUAGGACAGAUCAAUAGCGAUAGUAUUGUCGUAUUCCCAGUGCUUCGUGCCGCACGAUUGAUUGCUGAUAAUAGUAAACUUCCAGUCUAUUUCUACAGAUUUUCAUACGACGGACGUUUCAGUUUCUCUACAUGGAACGAUACUACUCCAUACGGAACACCUGUACACCACGAUGAUCUGCAAUACUUAUUUUACAUGAGUGCCGUUUUCCCUUACUUCAACGCAUCCGAUCCGGAAAUUCAAAUGGUUGAACGUUACACUGCAAUGUGGGCAAAUUUCGUAGAAACCGGUGAACCCAUUCCGAACAAUGAUAAGAUGUUUAACAACGUUAAGUGGGAGAGAUUCACAAAGGAGAAUGAUAAAUAUUUAAACAUUGAUUUACAUCCCACUAUGAAACAGGGUAUCUUUCCCGAAAGAAUGGCUCUAUGGGAACGAUUGUUCCCUUUGCCACCACCGUCUCACUCCAUCGAUUAUCAGAAAAGUAGAAAAACUAUUAAAAAGAAUCCUUUGAGAAAAAUGUUUAAAACAAUCGGGCUCAUUGUUUUGGGCGCGUUUUUCGUUUUUACAAUUGCGGAUGAUUCGACAUCGGAAAAUCCAAUAGUAGAAGCACCCAUUGGAAAAAUUCGUGGAUCGAUCUUAACAUCGAGAUUAGGUAGAAAAAUCUAUUCGUUUCGAAGUGUGAGGUAUGCCGAACCUCCAGUUGGUCAACAAAGAUUUCAGAUUGCCAUACCAGCAAAAGAUUGGAAUGAUACAUACGAUGGUACAAAGGAAGGACCUGCGUGUAGUACUUUAAGCAAGACACCUAUAUCCGAGGAUUGUUUACGUUUGAACGUCUACACGACCAAAUUACCAUCGAAAAAUACAAAAGAUGAAAAUUUCAAAGGACGUCCAGUUUUGGUCUUCUUCCAUCCUGGUGGCUUCUAUAUCUUUUCUGGUCAAUAUCGAUUUUUUGGUCCUGAAUAUAUCAUGGAUCAGGACAUCGUCUUAGUGACAUUGAACUAUCGGCUUGGAACUUUAGGUUUCAUAAGUACAGGAGAUUCGCUUGCACCAGGAAAUUUGGGCUUGAAGGAUCAAGUCGUAGCCCUUCGUUGGAUUCAGAGAAAUAUUGCAGCAUUCGGAGGAGACCCCAACUCGGUUACUAUUAGUGGUUACAGUGUCGGAAGCAUCUCUGUGUUAUUACACAUGUUAUCACCAAUGUCAAAAGGUCUUUUCCACAAAGCAAUUGCAAUGAGUGGUUCUCAUAUACUAUUAGAACCAAUCCCAACAGAGCAAAAACAUUUAGCCAAAAAACAAGCAGAAUUAUUAGGUUGUCCAACAGACACAACAGGAUCCAUGUUGAUCUGUCUAAAAUCGAAACCAAUCGAACGAUUUACUGAAACUAUGCCGCAAUUUUUCGAAUGGUAUGGUGAUCCAAUCUUGAUAUGGAAAUGGGUCGUAGAGCCAGAAAUACAAGGUGUUGAAAGAUUUUUAACUGGUCAACCUGCCGAUUUGAUCAGAGAAGGCAAGAUCCAUGAAGUUCCUCUCAUCAUUGGUAUCACCGAAGGCGAAUUUAGUGGAGUCGUUACAGGCAUCGAGAGAUUAUUCAAAGCAGGAAAUACUUCGAUAUUUGAUAAUCUAAAUACAAGAUGGGAUACCAUUGCGCCCAUCAGUUUUAUAUACGAAAGGGAUACACCUCGUUCCAAACAUAUCAGUCAAGAAUUGCGAAAAUUCUAUUUCGGAGAUCAACCAAUCAGUCGAGAAUCAUACAAUGGAAUAGCUAAUAUCUACGCUGAUAGCAUUAUCAUAUUCCCAGUGCAUCGUGCCGCUCAAUUGAUUGCUGAUAAUAGUAAACUUCCAGUCUAUUUCUACAAAUUUUCAUACGAAGGACGUUUCAGUUUCGCCAUGUGGAACGAUACAACUCCAUACGGACCACCUGUACACCACGAUGAUCUGCAAUACUUAUUUUACAUGAGUGCCGUUUUCCCUUACUUCAACGCAUCCGAUCCAGAAAUUCAAAUGGUUGAGCGUUACACUGCAAUGUGGGCAAAUUUCGUAGAAACCGGUGAACCCAUUCCAAACAAUGAUAAGAUGUUUAGCAACGUUAAAUGGGAGAGAUUCACAAAGGAGAAUGAUAAAUAUUUAAACAUUGAUUUACAUCCCACUAUGAAACAAGGUAUCUUUCCCGAAAGAAUGGCUGUAUGGGAACGAUUGUUCCCUUUGCCACCAACAUCUCACUCCAUCGAUUAUCAGAAAAGUCAAUAAAAUUUUGUCUAUAAUAUCAUAAUGCAAU